UCGCGGGGAGCCAGCCAGCCGGCCGCUCGGGCGCCGCGCCCCGCGGAGAAGAUGGUGGAGCCAGGGCAGGAUUUACUGCUUGCUGCUUUGAGUGAGAGUGGAAUCAGUCCAAACGACCUCUUUGAUAUUGACGGUGGAGAUGCAGGUCUUGCAACUCCAAUGCCUUCUGCUCCAGUUCAACAGUCAGUACCACUUAGUACAAUAGAACUAGGCUUGGAGACUGAAGCAGCAGUUCCUGUUAAACAAGAACCAGAGACGGUACCAACUUCAGCACUCUUAAAUGUCAGGCAGCCUCCAUCUACUACAACUUUUGUGCUCAAUCAGAUAAAUCAGCUUCCAACCUUGGGCUCUACCAUUGUAAUGACCAAAACCCCACCUGCGACAACAAAUCGGCAAACCAUCACUUUAACCAAGUUCAUUCAGACCACAGCCAGCACACGGCCUUCCGUCUCCACACCAGCCAUGCGGAAUGCCAUGACCUCGGCACCUUCCAAAGAACAGGUUCAGCUGAAGGACCUGCUGAAGAACAGCAGCCUGAAUGAGCUCAUGAAGCUCAAGCCCCCUGCCAACAUUGCUCCGCCAGUGGCCACCGCAGCCACUGAUGUAAGCAAUGGUACAGUAAAAAAGGAGUCAUCCAAUAAAGAAGUAGCAAGAAUAUGGAUAAACGACAUGAAGAUGAGGAGUUUUUCCCCAACCAUGAAAGUUCCUGUUGUGAAAGAAGAUGAUGAACCAGAAGAAGAAGAUGAGGAAGAAAUGGGGCAUGCAGAAACCUACGCAGAGUAUAUGCCCAUAAAAUUAAAAAUUGGCCUACGCCACCCAGACGCUGUGGUGGAAACUAGUUCUUUAUCUAGUGUCACACCUCCUGAUGUUUGGUAUAAAACAUCUAUUUCCGAAGAAACCAUUGAUAAUGGCUGGUUAUCAGCAUUACAGCUUGAGGCAAUUACGUAUGCAGCCCAGCAACAUGAAACUUUCCUGCCUAAUGGAGAUCGUGCUGGCUUCUUAAUCGGAGAUGGUGCAGGUGUAGGUAAAGGAAGGACCAUAGCAGGAAUCAUCUACGAAAAUUACUUGCUGAGUAGAAAAAGAGCGUUAUGGUUCAGUGUUUCCAAUGAUUUAAAAUAUGAUGCUGAAAGAGAUUUGAGGGAUAUUGGGGCGAAGAACAUUUCGGUCCAUUCAUUAAAUAAGUUUAAAUAUGGAAAAAUAUCUUCAAAACACAAUGGAAGUGUGAAAAAAGGUGUUAUUUUUGCUACCUAUUCUUCCCUGAUUGGUGAAAGUCAGUCUGGUGGUAAAUACAAAACUAGAUUGAAACAACUGCUGCACUGGUGUGGCGAUGACUUCGAUGGAGUUAUAGUGUUUGAUGAAUGUCACAAAGCAAAAAAUUUAUGUCCUGUUGGUUCUUCAAAGCCAACCAAAACAGGCUUAGCAGUUUUGGAGCUUCAGAACAAAUUGCCAAAAGCCCGAGUUGUUUAUGCUAGUGCCACUGGUGCUUCUGAACCAAGAAACAUGGCCUACAUGAACCGCCUUGGAAUAUGGGGUGAGGGAACUCCAUUUCGAGAAUUCAGUGAUUUUAUCCAAGCAGUUGAACGGAGGGGUGUGGGUGCCAUGGAAAUAGUCGCAAUGGAUAUGAAACUUAGAGGGAUGUACAUAGCACGGCAGCUGAGCUUCACUGGAGUGACCUUCAAGAUUGAGGAAGUUCUUCUUUCUCAGAGCUAUGUUAAAAUGUAUAACAAAGCAGUUAAGCUGUGGGUCAUUGCUAGAGAACGGUUUCAGCAGGCUGCAGAUCUCAUUGAUGCUGAGCAGCGCAUGAAGAAGUCCAUGUGGGGCCAGUUCUGGUCCGCUCACCAGCGAUUUUUCAAGUAUCUGUGCAUAGCAUCUAAAGUGAAGAGAGUUGUGCAACUAGCUCGAGAGGAAAUCAAGAAUGGAAAGUGUGUUGUAAUUGGUCUGCAGUCCACAGGAGAAGCGAGGACAUUAGAAGCCUUGGAAGAGGGUGGAGGAGAAUUGAAUGAUUUUGUUUCAACUGCCAAAGGAGUGUUGCAGUCACUCAUUGAGAAACACUUCCCUGCUCCAGAUAGGAAGAAACUUUAUAGUUUGCUAGGAAUUGAUUUGACGGCUCCAAGUAACAAUAACUCACCAAGAGAUAGUCCGUGUAAAGAAAAUAAAACGAAGAAGCGGAAAGGUGAAGAAAUUACGCGAGAAUCUAAGAAAGCACGGAAAGUCGGUGGCCUUGCUGGUAGCAGUUCUGAUGAUAGUGGGAGUGAAUCUGAUGCCUCUGACAACGAAGAAAGUGACUAUGAGAGCUCCAAGAACAUGAGUUCUGGGGAUGACGAUGAUUUCAACCCCUUCAGAGAUGAAUCUAGUGAGGAUGAUGAAGAUGAUCCCUGGUUGAUCAGAAAAGACCAUAAGAAAAACAAAGAUAAAAAAAAAAAGAAAAGCAUCGAUCCAGAUUCUAUUCAAAGUGCCUUAUUAGCAUCAGGUCUUGGAUCAAAGCGACCCAGUUUUUCAUCCACACCAGUUAUUUCCCCUGCUCCUAACAGUGCACCAGCUAACAGUAACUCCAAUAGUAACAGUAGCCUUAUAACGAGUCAGGACGCUGUGGAACGGGCCCAGCAAAUGAAGAAGGACCUACUCGAUAAGCUGGAAAAAUUAGCUGAAGACCUUCCACCUAACACUCUGGAUGAGCUUAUCGAUGAACUCGGAGGUCCUGAGAAUGUUGCUGAGAUGACUGGCCGGAAAGGGAGGGUCGUAAGCAAUGACGAUGGAAGCAUUUCUUACGAAUCAAGGUCUGAAGUUGAUGUCCCUGUGGAGAUACUAAACAUCACAGAAAAACAAAGAUUUAUGGAUGGAGAAAAGAAUAUUGCCAUCAUCUCAGAAGCGGCCAGCUCAGGUAUUUCUUUGCAAGCAGAUCGGAGAGCUAAAAAUCAAAGGCGAAGAGUUCAUAUGACUUUGGAAUUGCCCUGGAGUGCUGAUAGGGCAAUCCAGCAGUUUGGUCGAACUCAUAGAUCCAAUCAAGUUACUGCACCGGAAUAUGUCUUUCUGAUAUCAGAAUUGGCAGGAGAGCAAAGAUUUGCAUCUAUUGUUGCUAAAAGGUUGGAGAGUUUGGGAGCACUGACGCAUGGUGACAGAAGAGCAACGGAAUCAAGAGACCUGAGCAGGUUCAACUUUGACAACAAGUAUGGAAGAAAUGCUUUAGAAAUAGUCAUGAAAUCCAUUGUAAACCUAGAUUCUCCCAUGGUAUCACCACCUCCGGACUACCCUGGAGAAUUCUUCAAAGAUGUUCGACUAGGACUGAUAGGAGUUGGCCUCAUAAAUGUAGAAGAUCGCUCUGGAAUUCUUACUCUGGAUAAAGAUUACAACAACAUAGGGAAAUUCUUAAAUAGAAUUUUGGGCAUGGAGGUGCACCAACAGAAUGCGUUAUUUCAGUAUUUUGCAGACACGCUUACUGCAGUUGUUCAAAAUGCCAAAAAAAAUGGGAGAUAUGACAUGGGAAUCUUAGAUCUUGGUUCUGGAGAUGAGAAGGUGAGAAAAAGUGACGUUAAGAAGUUUUUGACUCCAGGAUACUCUACCUCUGGCCAUGUCGAGCUUUACACUAUAAGUGUAGAGAGGGGGAUGUCUUGGGAGGAAGCUACCAAGAUUUGGGCUGAGUUGACUGGACCUGAUGAUGGCUUUUACUUAUCUUUGCAGAUAAGAAAUAACAAGAAAACUGCCAUUUUAGUGAAAGAAGUGAAUCCUAAGAAGAAGCUUUUCUUAGUGUAUAGGCCUAAUACUGGGAAACAACUCAAAUUAGAAAUCUACGCUGAUCUGAAAAAGAAAUAUAAGAAGGUUGUCUCUGAUGAUGCUCUGGUCCACUGGUUAGAUCAGUAUGAUUCAUCUGCAGAUACUUGCACGCAUGCUUACUGGCGCGGCAAUUGCAAAAAAGCAAGCCUGGGAUUAGUUUGUGAAAUCGGCCUUCGUUGCCGCACGUACUAUGUGCUGUGUGGCUCCGUCUUGAGCGUCUGGACUAAAGUUGAAGGUGUGCUGGCCUCAGUCAGCGGCACAAAUGUGAAAAUGCAGAUAGUGCGGCUGAGGACAGAAGAUGGACAGCGAAUAGUAGGUCUGAUCAUUCCAGCAAAUUGUGUGUCUCCUCUGGUGAAUCUCCUGUCGACUUCAGACCAGUCUCAGCAGCUCGCCGUCCAGCAGAAGCAGCUGUGGCAGCAGCGCCACCCGCAGAGCAUCGCCAGCCUGAGCAGCGCCUAGACCUAGAGCGGCAGGUUUCCGCGCGGAUGCAUCGCCAGUGCUGUGGCAGUCAAUCGAUCAUUCGCAUAAAAAUCAGGGACUGUUUCCAAAGAA